AUGAGCCUGUCAGUUGAACGACUCGGCAACGGCGCCGCCUUCUGCCUACGUGAUGAGAUCACGGGCGUCACUGUAUUGUUGGGCUGUGGUGAGGUGAAAGACAUUUCCUUCUUCUCUCCAGAAGACGCAAGCGCCGAAGAUUUCGAUGCAGCGACGAUGCAGUACCGACGCGACCUGAAGGACCUCCUACGAAGAGAUGGGGGCACUGUAGACGCCAUACUGGUGCCGGAUUACCGCCCUGGAGCCUGCUACAUGCUCCCCUAUGUAACUGAAAAGUGCGGCGUGUCCUGGGUCGCUCCAGCCACCGCUGCUGCUCAAGACCCUAGCCAGAAACAUCCCCCAGCCAUCCUAAUGACGCAUGGAACUCGAGCCAUUGCACCGCUUCUUCUAGCGGAAUAUUGGACGGGAUGCCACACCAAGGUGAAGGACGGAGGUAGCGGCCUACCAGCUCCAUACGACGUUCAGGACAUUGCUCCAGCUUUCAGGAAGACCAAGGCCGUCGCACUGAAGGCCUGUGUGACUGUGAACGAUCGUCUGAAAGUCACAGCUUAUCACUCUGGCCACGUGGCUGGAGGUUGUGCCUUUUACUUGGAGAUCGGAGCCACAACUGUGCUUUUCGCCAACGAUUUCAAUCUCACAGGCGGACGAGUGCUGCUACCGGCGCAGAUUCCUCGACUAGAACCGACUGCUAUGAUUACGAGAAGCUCAUUUGCUGUGACUGUGUCAGAGACGCAAAGCGCUAUGGAGAGAGAGCUCGUCAAGGCGAUUCUGGAGUGUAUCGCCUCGAACGGCAAAGUGGUAAUCCCGGUUUACCGUCUUGGAUACUUCCACGAACUGAUCACGAUCAUACUGGAGCAUUGGCAGCAGAUAAAAGAUGCGACUGGGAAGACUGGCAAAUGCCCUAUCUAUUUGUCGCACGCUUCUAUGGAGUAUCCGAGCAGAUUUCUACCUGUGUUGUCUCGCACGUGUACAUCUGCCACUCAGAAUCUACUGCGUGAUAAGAAUCCGAUUGCUGCUGACCUUCAAGUGUUUGACUGGAAGAAUCUGCAGCAGCCAGGGCCAUUUGUGCUGUUUACGGGGCCAGCAAAUAUUUCUCAGGGCGACUCACUCCGUGCUAUUAAGGCAGUCGCCAGUGACCCGAAGAACCUUAUCGUGCUCUCGGAGUAUUGCACACCUGGUACAGUUAACUAUUUGCUGUACGCAGACCCUGAACGUAAACGUGUCAGCAAGCGCCUUGGUGUGAAUGUGGAGUGUGGUGUGCACUAUCAGCCUUGCGGUGAUGAAGUGGACACCAAGAGUAUUGUCCAGCUAGUAUCACGAGUGGCGCCGCGCCAAGUUAUCCUCGACUACACAGUUCCAGACGACCUGGAAUUUGUCAAGACGCACGUCCAAAACCAUUUGAAAAUGGACCCCGAUGUCGGCACUAGCGUGCUGGUGAAGGGGAUAAACCCUGCUGGACGAACGUCUAUUGAACCUGGUCGUGAUAUUCCAUUGCGCAUCCACAAGGCCAUGUUCAAUAACCCUUCAGAUGUGCAAGGUAUGCUGAUUGCCGAGCCCAAACGCAAGCUGAUGCUGGUGUCAAGUGGCAAUGGAGCACGGCGUUUGAAAAAGAAGAAACACUCGCUCUUCUUUUCAUACUCGUGGAAGAAGCCGUUCGAGCCAUCGCCUCGUGUCAAGAAGAAAAGUUUGCGCCCAGCGUCUGCAUUGUCGUUCCUCUUAUCUGCUGCAGUGGAGUCAGCUGAUGAAGAGGAUGAAAGUGAACAACAGCCUCAAGCGGACGCUGACCAACUUCUGGAAGCAUUGGAGAGCAGCCUUACCCAGUGGAUUCUCGAUCUUCCCAUUGAGAAGAUUGAUCGCUGGCUAAAGGUUCGGACAGUUGGAGUGUCAGUGUCUACUGAGUGGGAAGUUCACAUGGAAUGGUCAUAUGACGACGAAGUGCUCGCUGGACGCGUACUUGGUAUUGCGAAGCAGGUCGUUCACGCUGAAUACAAGCAGCAGCUAGCACAGUAG